AUGGGCGCGGGCGGGAGGCUUAUGAACUUUCGACCAGACAUCCCUAUCGUUUCCUCUCGACGACCCCUCCCCAAAGCGUCCACCGCUCAAAUCGAGUCUUAUGUCGACAUGUGCAUGCGAUUGUUUAACAAGACAAGAGCCGAAGUCGAGAAAGCAGCAGUCGAGAUGUGUGGCUCUCUGGAUGUGGCUGCUCUUGCUGUAGGAGCUGAGAUAGAACGGGGGAGGGCAGAUCUCAUGCGGGCAUUUCCAGAAGGAGCGGAGAACUCCAACAAUGCGCUUGGCCGUAAACCCAGGCCUGGCGAGGACGUCAAAUCUGCUCGUCUGAACGACAACUUGUUUAUUAGGGUUUGGGAUGGGGAUCUGGCUGGCAUACGAUCCUUUGCAUUUGAUUUUGUGGAUGGUCAAGGACGUUAUAUCUCCACACCCAAGGAUAUCAAGAUUCACACGAUGCCGUCUGCUUUCAGGGGGCCAGAACGUGUCCUCUCAAUUGAGCAAUGCCUAGAGGGCGAGGGUAGAGAGCGACAGGCAGAGAUGGAACGAAUUGCAAACAACUGGCCUUUUGCUCCCCCCCGUGACAAGGUGUAUGACAAGAACUGGGAGACAUAUAUCAUACCUGAAGGCGUUGAGCUCCGCAUCGUGCAAAGUGGGCAUGCAGAUCGCUUCCUUCCGAUUCCGAUUGUUCCGUCUUCUAUUGUCAGCAUCCCGUCGCCCGCUCGAUUGAUCACGCUAACCUCGUCCGACCUCGUCUGGGGGGUCCAGCACCAUCUCUACAUUUGGGCUUGCGCGGCUAUGGGGAAUAUAAAUAAAUUGAAAAUUAGGGAAAGCAAGAGGUGGAACUCGGGCGACAGUCAGGCGGAACCCGUAAGGCAUCAAGAAACUGUUGAACGCAAGACCACCAUGGACGACGGACCCAGUGACCCUGCAUCACCUCAAUCUCCACUAACAGGAUUCCUACCGUCAAGUUCAAAGAAAUAUGAACAAGGCGGCGUCUGGGCACCCAGGGAGCGAAUGCAGCGGCUGGGAGGUUGUCAAUUUGGUGAUUCCUUGGUUUCCAAAUUAUUCUGGCUCAGAUUUGCGAAAUGCGUCGAAAAAUGCACCUCCGAAGUUUUUCCCACGAGGAAUUGGCGUGGCCAAAAUUUUGGACCAAAAAACUGCAACAUUUGGGGAGAAAAACAGGUCGAAACCAGCCAGAAAUUAUCAAAAGUUGGUACCUGUGCUGGGUUUCAGCUGGAAGCUACUCAGAAAGGGCAAAGAAUCUAUCAGAAAGGGAUUUCCCUGCAUUUCGAAAGCCUAGUGUGA